AUGUCAGAGGCCUCUUCUGAAGACUUGGUGCCACCCCUGGAGCCCAAGGCAGCCCCCGAGAGGGACAAGGAAGAGGCGAAAAAGAAGAAGAAGAGGCCAAAAGGACUGGCCAACAUGUUCAGUGUCUUCACUAAAGGGAGGAAGAAGAAAGGUCAGCCCAGCUCAGCAGAGCCAGAGCGCGACCUGGAGUCCCAGCCUGAGUCCAGCCGCCCGCCGCCCACAGUGGAGGAGCUCAAGGCGGACCUGGAGCGCGGACGGCUGGAGGCGGCGCGGCCGCUGCUGGCGCUGGAGCGGGAGCUGCAGGCGGCGGCGGCGACGGGCGGCGAGAGCGCCGAGGAGCUGGUGCGGCGCCAGAGCAAGGUGGAGGCGCUGUACGUGCUGCUGCGCGACCAGGUGCUCGGCCUGCUGCGGCGGCCGCUGGACGUGGCGCCCGAGCGGCUGCGCCAGGCCCUGGCCGUGCUGGUGGAGCAGGAGCGCGAAGACCGCCGGGCGGCGGCGGCGGCGGAGGCGGCGGCGGGCCCGCGGCGCUGGCUGGAGCUGUGGCGGCGCGGGGUGGCGCAGGCGGCCGAGGAGCGCCUGUGUGCGCCGCCGGCCGCGGGCGUCGAGGGCCGCUCGCAGGCCGAGCGCAUCUUCCUGCACAUGGGCCGCACCAUGAGGGAGGACCUGGAGGCCGUGGUGGAGCGGCUGAAGCCGCUGUUCCCCGCCGAGGUGGACGUGGUGGCCGCCUACGCCGAGAGCUACCACGAGCACUUCGCGGCCCAGCUGGCGGCCAUGGCGCAGUUCGAGCUGUGUGAGCGCGACACCUACAUGCUGCUGGUCUGGGUGCAGAACCUGUACCCCAAUGACAUCAUCAACAGCCCCAAGCUGGGGGGAGAGCUGCAGAGAGUCCAGCUUGGGAGCCUUCUGCCCCCCAGGCAGAUCCGGCUGCUGGAGGCCACGUUCUUGUCCAGCGAGGUGGUCAGUGUGAGGGAGCUGAUGGCCCGGGCCCUGGAGCUGGAGUCACAACGCUGGGCCCGGGAUGUGGCUCCCCAGAGGCUGGACGGCCAUUGCCACAGCGAGCUGGCCAUCGACAUCAUCCAGAUCAUCUCCCAGGGCCAGGCCAAGGCCGAGAGCAUCACCCUUGACCUGGGCGUGCAGAUAAAGCACCUGCUGCUGCUGGAGUUGGCUGCAUUCCUGAGGAGCUACCAGCGAGCCUUUGAUGAAUUUCUGGAGAGAUGCAGACAGCUGAGAAAUUACAGGGCCAAUGUCAUCGCCAACAUCAACAACUGCUUGUCCCUCCGGACCUCCAUGGAGAACUGGCAGACCCCACAGGACAUCCCGGGCCACCUGCUGAGCCCCCUGAGUGAGCUCAAGAGUCAUGGCUUUGACACCCUGCUCCAGCGCCUGUUCGGGGACCUGAAGCCGCUGUUCAAGAGGUUCACGCAGACCCGCUGGGCGGCGCCGGCGCAGACCCUGGAAGAAAUUCUCUCCACCGUGGCCGAGAGGCUGCCCGAGUUCUCGGAACUGCACGACUGUUUCCGGGAGGAGCUCGCGGAGGUCGUCCACCUGCACCUGGUGAAGGAAUACAUCAUCCGCCUCAGCAAGCGCAGCCUAGUGCUCAGGACGGCCGAGCAGCAGCAACAACUGGCCGAGGACGUCCUGGCCAACGCCGACGUCAUCCAGCGCUUCUGCACCCAGAAUGGCUCCUCCGCGACCUGGCUGCAUCACGCCCUCCCCAAGCUCGCCGAGGUCAUUCGCCUGCAAGACCCCAGUGCCAUCAAGAUCGAGGUGGCCACUUAUGCUACCUGGUACCCCGACUUCAGCAAAGGCCACCUGAGUGCCAUCUUGGCCAUCAAGGGAAACCUGUCGAGCAGCGAGGUUAAGAGCAUCCGAAGCAUCCUGGACGUCAGCAUGGACGUCAGCACGGGGCCGCGCCAGUCUGCCAAGCCCCUAUUUUCACUCAUAAAGGUCGGUUAGCUUUCCCUGCGGCCUGGCCUGCUGGUGAGCACCCAGUGAGCAUCGGACAUCACCCC